AUGAAGGGUCAAAAUCCUCGUCAGAAUAAAAUUGGGGGCACCAGUCCCAGCCAGAAUCCCCAAUCUCUGGGAGCAUUUCAAAAUGGCCACCGUCGUUCCAAUUCCCGUUAUAAUGGGAACCUUAGAGAUUCACAAUCUCCAUCCUCGGUCCAAAAAGACUCAAACGCCACUCAUAACAAGCUUUUGGACGUCCUAGCCAAAUCCCUAGGGAAGAGUGCAAUCGCCACAGUAUCCUCCGGCGCUCGCUACCGAGGUUUGUUGCAGGCGGCUGAUCCCGACUCGUCGCCUUCAAUAGCGCUUUCUGUUGUUCUACACAAGCCUGUUUUGAUUUCCAAGGCUGUUUUAGAUGAGAAAUCAAACUCCGACGGCUCUUUGCCAGAAAAAUUGGUCAUUCAGGCAAAAGACUUAAUUGAUAUCGAAGUGAACAGUGCAUUCAAACCUGAGAGUAGUUGCUUGUCAAAGGAAGACUCCGGCGCGGAAAAGUCGAGCGCAAAGUCGACCGAAAAGAAUAUCGAAACUGUCCCUGAAAAUACUUCCGCCAUCUCUUCGAAAGAGGAACCAGAAUUUGUCGUGAAGGUCUCGGAGUCACCAAAGUUAGCAGUUGAGCCUGAAACCAAGCCUGAAACCGAAAAUUCAAGAGCCACUGAAAAAGUAGCGGAACCACCUGUCGAAGUUUACAGGCCUCCUAAAAGGUCCGAGUUCCGUACAGAUAAAGACAUUUCCGCAUCCCAUCAAAUAAGAGAGAGGGAAUUGCAGCGCUGGGUCCCUGAUGAUGACUCUCUAGCUGUCUCACUAGACGACCCUCAGGACCAUUCCAGUGGUGCAUGGGAUCAGUUCAAGGUGAAUGAAGAGAAGUUCGGCGUUGAAUCGUCCUACGAUGAGCAUUUAUACACCACCAAAAUUAACAAGGAUGUGAAGGAUUAUCAAGAACGUUUGGAACGUGCGAAACGCCUUGCGAGGGAGAUCGAAGGACAAUCUACUACUGAUAAGCAUGUCCUAGAAGAAAGAGGCGUGCUUGUGGAUGAUAGUGGCAUGGAUGAAGAGGACAAGUAUUCUGGCGUCCAAAGAGAACAGCCCGAUACUAGAGGACAUGAACUCAUGGCAGCAUUAAGAAGCACGAUGAAUGCGAGCCCUUCCUCCAAAGAAAGUACACCAAGACCGCAACAUGGACAAAAUGAACAAUACUAUGAUGAUCCUGCGAUUCUAUCAAGCACAGCUGCUCGCAAGCAACCUCUGCUCCAGGACGGUCCCACCCAGGAGAGGUCAGAUCAAACCGACAAAGAAGAGAAUAAAGCCGCUUUGACGCAGGUUGCGCGGACAAAUAAAGAACAAGAACAAUCUUGGAAACCCAGCUCCAUCCCUCCAAAACCACCUAAGGCCGCUAAUGAACUGUUACGUUUAAAUGCUCAAAGUGAGAUCAAUGCCUUGCGCGAGUUCAGUGCAAACUUCAAAGUCCCCCACAAGAUGCCAGAUGACUUGUUGCCAAUACUAGCCAAAGACAAAAUGAAGCAGGAUGAGAUUUUGAAGAGACAAGAUUCACCUAAGAAAAGUUCACCUGAACCUCGUAAGGAUGGCAAAUUCAAGUUGAAUCCAAAGGCUGCUGCUUUUACACCUUCAUUUGCUCCGCCACUGUCUUCUCAAAAACUGUCCAAUGUGUCGCCAAAUCCACCAAAAGCAAACUUUGGCUCACCACAAAAUCCAUCACCGAGGAUCCAUAAUCAGCGACCAUUUAGUAACGCAUCCUCUGGCUCCUCUACUGGAAAGAGACAUCACAAAAUCACUGCUGCUGAAUUCUUCGGUGGUCAAAAUAGGGUUCCCACUGAAAAGAGUCAAAAAGACAAAAUUGCAAAAUUCAAGGAAGUGUUCAACAUGUUUAAUACCGCAAAGAAAAAUCAUCAGGACAAGUCAACACCUCUUGUGUUAGAAAAAGCCUAUCAAACGCCGCCUACAUGGGACUCUACCAUUGAAGAAAGCUAUAAGGAUUAUAUCAAGAGAAAAUCAUCGUCCGGAAAUAAGUCGCCCGUGAUGUUGCCUCCCGUCAGUAUACCUUUCAUGCCGUCCCCAAUGAUGGCUAUACCAGGUGCAAGUCCUCACAUUGCACCUCAUGGUUUCCCUGGGGGUACGCCAAAUCCAAAGUUCCCCAUGUCGCCUAUGCAGGGUCAACAUCCUGGUAUGGCUGCCCAAUUCCAGCAGCAGCAACAAUUGCAAGCAGCCAUGAUGUAUCAAAUGCAAGCUGGACUUCCCCCCGGAGCUCAUCAGCUAUAUUAUCCUCCAGAUCCUCAACUAAUGCCCCCUGGUUUCAUGGUGCCUGGAGCAUUUGUGGGCUCACAAAGCCCUGUUGGUGAUAAUGUGAUGAUGGGAAGCGGGAGUCCAUAUACUGGUCAUGCUAACAUGCAAGGCCAUCAAGGGAAUUUCAAUAAUCAUCACCAUGGAAGUCGUAGGUACAACAAUGCUUUACAGAACAAGCGAGGAGGUAAUCUGCAGAGAAGCAGUGGAGCAAAUCAGUGA